UUUUUUUUGAUCAUUUAGAAAGCAAUGAUCCGGUUUGAACAUGAAGUGGAUCAGAUACGAAAAGAUCACAAAAAGAUUUACAACCGUUUGAAAUCUAUACAAGAAGAUGCCUUGUUUGUAGACAAAGUAGCCCAUUUAUACCCUCAUUUGGCUCUCGUUGCUAAUGAACGAUGUGGUUCUUGGUACAUUAAUCCAACCAAGCACAAGGUCCAUUCAGUCUACUUCAAAUCUACAGAUGGACAUAUGGGUGAAUGGGAUUUCAAUGUACGACGAGGCAAUUUCCAUAUUAUUGAUAUCAUUGCUGCUCAUCAAGGAUGUAUCAUAGUGGAUUCAACAAGAAGAGGAAAAAGAAUACCGGAUGCAUUAUCAAAAACAAUUCCUAUAUGGUGUUGUGUCAUCAAUCGUGCUAUUCAACGUUAUUAUCAACAGGAACAACAACAACCUUUAUCAAAAUGGGAUGAUCGAUUUCAUUCUUUACCAACUGCUGUGUUUCGUUCAGAACAUGCUCAAAUUGAAGCCAGAUUGGAUGGUUUUGUACAGAAAUUAUGGGAUUUAGGUGUGGAUGUGGAACGUCUAGCCAAAUUACUCAAGAAACCUUUACGACCUAUUUGGUUAACACCUCAGUCUUCUCUUUCUGAAGCCAUGGAUUAUACGGAUUGUGAAUUUUAUCCAGUGAUCUGUGUCAGUGCAUCUCAAUUCAUUCAAGAUGGAGGUUGUCAAGCUCGACCGGAUGGUUAUCUUUAUGUCCAAGGAUCAGCGGAUGAUCAAGAAGCCUGGAGUAUGGGAUUAACAUGUUCAUUAUUCUGGACUCAUGAUCAAGAGAUCCUACGACAUCCAAGUACAUGUGAAACGACGGUGGAGGAAAUAGUGGAACAAGCACGACAAGAACGACAUCAACAACUUCAAGCCAAUGGACAAGAUCUGACUUUGUUACGACUUGAAAAUGAUAUCAAAAACACCAUGUUGACCAUUGGUAAUCGAUAUACUGGUUUGACAUCAUCCUUUGACGCUGUGAUUCAAUGUUGUUGCCUCACUACGAACAAGAAGAAGAAAACCUGGCUUGAUUUGGCCAUUCCUGAAGGCAAGAAAGGUCAACAUGUUUUGGAAAAGGCGAUUCCUUUGGCCAUCACCUUUGCACGACCAUUCUUGGCCAAUCAUCAGCGUAUCUUGGUGUUUAGUGUCGAUGGGAAGAAUCGUGCUGUUGGUAUUGCUCUGGCUCUCUUGGUUCAUUACUAUGAUGAAAAUGGCAACCUUGAACUUGAUGGUGUGAAACAUGUGACCAAGGAUUCUAUUCGGCAAAAAUUGAUUCAAUUGAUUGCAAGUCAUCCACAGGCUGCUCCAUCAAGGGUCACAUUACGAAGAGUCAAUACACAUUUUUUAUCCGUAAUAGAUUGAUAGUCAUAUAGAUUUAUUGAUGGUAAUAAUAAAGCGAUACUUUGGCAAAGACAAAACAAAAACAAAUGAUUUGAAGAGACUACUUUUUUUUUUUUUUUGUUUUUCUUUACUAAUAUAUUUGUGUAUAUGGGAUGGGCGACAGAUUGAUUUUUUUUUUGGAGAGGUGAUUUUGUAAAUAUUUUUU